CAAGAAUAGAGGAGAAAGGAUUGCAGCAUGGCCAUCCCUCCUUGGGGAGCCACCAUGGACACCGCUGGCCAUAGCCUUGUCCUUCUCCAGCAGCUGAACAUGCAGCGAGAAUUUGGUUUCCUGUGUGACUGUACCGUUGCUAUCGGAGAUGUCUAUUUCAAAGCUCACAGAGCAGUGCUUGCUGCUUUUUCUAACUAUUUCAAGAUGAUAUUUAUUCACCAAUCAAGUGAAUGCAUAAAAAUACAACCAACUGACAUCCAGCCCGACAUAUUCAGCUAUUUGUUGCACAUUAUGUACACAGGGAAAGGGCCAAAACAGAUUGUGGAUCAUAGUCGUCUGGAGGAGGGGAUUCGAUUUCUUCACGCCGACUACCUUUCUCAUAUUGCGACUGAAAUGAAUCAAGCAUUCUCACCAGAGACCGUGCAGUCCUCAAAUCUAUAUGGCAUUCAGAUCUCAACAGCCCAAAAGACAGCUGUCAAGCAAGGGCUGGAGGUCAAAGAAGCUCCUUCAAAUAACAGUGGAAACAGAGCUGCCGUCCAGGGUGACCACCCCCAGUUGCAGCUGUCUCUGGCUAUUGGACUGGAUGAUGGCCCUGGAGAGCAGCAGAGGGCCCAUCCUGCCACCCAGGCCUUAGAAGAGCACCAGAAGCCCCCAGUGUCCAUCAAGCAAGAGAGAUGUGACCCAGAAUCUGUGGUCUCCCAGAGCCGCCCUUCUCCUUCAUGCGAGGUGACAGGCCCUACUUUUACGGAAAACAGUAUCAAAAUACACCUCUGCCAUUAUUGUGGAGAACGUUUUGAUUCUCGUAGUAAUCUAAGACAGCAUCUCCAUACCCAUGUGUCUGGAUCCCUCCCCUUUGGUGUCCCGGCUUCCAUUCUGGAAAGUAAUGACCUUGGUGAAGUGCAUCCACUUAAUGAAAAUACCGAGGCUCUUGAAUGCCACAGGCUCAGCUCCUUCAUCGUCAAGGAGAAUGAACCGCAGCCAGACCACUCAAAUAGGGGUACCACGGAGCCUCUGCAGAUUAGCCAGGUGUCUCUGAUCUCCAAAGAUACAGAGCCCGUAGAAUUAAACUGUAAUUUUUCUUUUUCAAGGAAAAGAAAAGUAAGCUGUACCAUUUGUGGUCAUAAAUUUCUUCGAAAGAGCCAAUUACUGGAACAUAUGUAUACACAUAAAGGUAAAUCUUACAGGUAUAACCGAUGUCAAAGGUUUGGUAAUGCAUUGGCCCAGAGAUUUCAGCCAUAUUGUGACAACUGGUCUGAUGUCCCCUUGAAAAGUUCUCGCCUGUCGCAAGAACACUUAGACUUGCCUUGUGCCUUAGAGUCAGAGCUCACACAAGAAAAUGUGGACACUAUCCUAGUCGAGUAGCAUCUUCAGAAUUUUUAUACCAAUUCUGAAAAAGAAAAUUCACAUUGCAUUUUUAAAUUAUUUUUCUCCUCAAGUUCUAUUGACUUUUUUCUCUCUGAGUUACCCAUAGUUUUAUGGCUGUAUAUAUUAGGUCUAUUAGGUCUACUUCUUAGAAGAAUAAAUCUGUGGCUAUUAAAAUUAACCCUUAAUUCUGUGAACUUUUCAUAAAUUAAACCAUAAUUUAGAAAUCAGAAAUCAGUGUAAAAAAUAUGGCAACAUUAGAGCAAAUCGAUUUGUAUAGAAUUUCUUGUUUUUCCCAGGUCAUAGAAUCAGUUAAAUCAAAUAGAAUAUGAAGUAAAUAAAAUAUGUUUUAAAAAAUAGUCUAAAUUAGGGCCGGCAGGUGGCAUGGUGGUGGUUAAAG